AACGUCAUUUCCAGCAAAGCGAGGUUAGGUUGCAUGUUUUGAAAUUUCUAGAAGGGAAUAUUUAGAUCUUCUUUCACCCCAUUUUAAAGCUUAGAUUCAGAUCUUGGGCUUAUUACCUUUAAAACUGUCUCUAAAUCCUGUUAACAAUGUCCAAACCUACGGGCUACGACUCACAUAGCGAAGGACCCGGUUUUGUUGGCAUCAGGUUUUGUCAAGAAUGCAACAAUAUGUUGUACCCCAAAGAAGAUAAAGACAAUAAAAUUCUACUCUAUGCCUGUAGAAAUUGUGACUAUAAGCAACAUGCCGACUCCAAAUGUAUUUAUGUAAACAAAAUUAUGCACGAAAUUGAUGAAUUGACACACAUUGUACCUGAUGUCAUAUCUGAUCCAACUCUGCCAAGAACUGAAGAUCAUCACUGUCCAGUGUGUCAACACAGGGAGGCAGUGUUUUUCCAAGCACAAACCAGAAGAGCUGAAGAAGAAAUGAGAUUGUAUUAUGUGUGCACAAAUCCGCACUGUGCCCAUAGAUGGACAGAGUGAAUCUAGUUUCUUUUCAUUAAUUUAUUGAUUAUUGUGAAUUGAUGUCUUUAUAUUUUACCAUGGAUAUAGGAGUGCAACAUUUUUGUAUUGGUAUUUAAAUAAAUUUUUUGAGGAAGUAAAUUAAA